AUGCUGGAACGCAUCCGUUUGCGUUCGCGCGCGCCGUAUAGCGGGGCAGAGUACGGGUAUUACGUCGGGGAGCUCGCGCCGUCGACGUCGGCGUCGAGCGGCGGCGAAGACGUCGAGUGCGACGUGCUGUAUCCGGGAUGUUUGCUCGACGCCGACGAGACGAGCCGGGCGAAGUUGCUGAAGAAACACAUCACGCGAAGCUCGACGCAAAAGUUGGUGUGCGUGCGAGAAACACCCGAGUUGUACGCGAAGGCGCACGAAAAGUAUAUCGCUUCGAUCCCGCGCGAAGCGACGGCGUGGGUGCGAAAGAUUUUGAGUCUGGAAAAGGAACGCGAGCGGUUGUUGCAUUGCGACGACGACUUUUUGCUCAACGUUGACUCGAAAUGGACGACACAUCCCGAUUGCGACGGCGCCGAUCGCGCGACUUGGCGCGCGCACUCGAGCGUGACUGAUUUAUAUUGCCUCGGUUUGUGCGUUCGCGAAGACUUUAAGAGUUUGCGAGACGCGCGCGCCGAGCAUUUGCCGCUGCUUCGAGCGAUGCUGCGCAAGGGUCGCGCCGUCAUCGAAGACAUUUACGGCGUCAAUGCGGAAGAAAUGCGCGUAUUCGUGCACUACCCUCCGCAGUUUUAUCACUUUCACGUGCAUUAUCAAGCGCUCAGCGCCAAGGAGCAGGGAUGCGCGUGCGAGCGGGCGCACUCGCUCGAGGACAUCAUCGACAACCUCGAGCGAGACGGUGACCACUACGCGCGCGCUAACUUAUCGCUCAAGAUGGGUGAGCGAGACGCGCUGUACGCGUUUUACAACGACGCAGCCACGCGCGCGUGA